AAUCAAACAUAGUUGACUAACCUUGUUCUUAUCACUAAAAAGUUUUCAUAUUGAGCUUAUCUACUGUUGUAUAUUAUGAAAUUAGAGAGGUGAUAGACUUUCCCGAUAUAAAUAAUCCUAUAAACCACACACAUUACUUAUUACAGUAACAAACAAAAUGAAGUUUGCAAAGACUUUAGAACGGGCUCUUUCUGCAGAAGAAGUCCCUGAAGAAUGGGUGGAAGCAGCUAUUCAAUACAAGGCUUUGAAAAAAUGUAUCACUAAAGUGGUCAACGAGUUGAACUUCUUGGGAUUAGAGCCAGACACCCUUAAGUUGUUGUUUGAAGACCAUGAGGACCUGGGCAAAAUUGUCGAAAUCGAUGAAAAUGAAGCAAAACCUUCUAAUCCUAUUAUUGCUGAAUAUAUCCUUACCAAAUCUCAAGAAGGGCAUGAAAUUAAACCUAUGUUAAAGUUGACUUUGGAUUAUUCCAAUGAGAAUUAUUCCGAUGACCAUAUUUAUGAGUUAGGAAUGCAAGUAAAGGAAAAGAUUGAAAGUUUUGUUAUAAUUGAAGAAACCGAUACUCUGGAAAAAAUCAUUGAAAUUAAAGAAGAUGGGGAUGCAUUAAAGGUGGUUGCUAGUAGAGAAAACUCUGUUUCUCCUCCAGCAUCUCCCAAGGGAGCUCCUCAAGAUGUCUCAGAUAAUAUUGACCAGGUUUUAUUAUCUCCUGCAGUUUCAGCUAUUUGUUCACCCGUCUUAACACCAUACUUGCGUCACCAAACCAAGAAGAAUGAAAUAUUCAUUAUGUUGAAUUCUGAUUCUAAAUUUUUCAGAAUGUUGGAUGAAGAAUUGGAGAAUUUAGACAAGUUAAGACAAGUGGAAGAAGCAAAGAUCAUCAAUGAAGUCCAGGCUGUGGCUAAACUUGUGAAUCAGUUUAAAGACAAGAAAUCAGAAUUGUAUAAAUGGAGAGAAUUAUUCCGUAUCUAUAUUGAUUCCGAAGUGUGUUUCAAGUAUAAUGAGUCUUCAUUGCCUUCAGCAGAACGAAAUGCUGAACAGGUCAAGAAGAAUCUUGAUCAAUUUGUUGAAAAUGUUGAGAAAUCGGGUGCAAUCACCAAAUUUAAAAAUAAGGAGAGUGUUACUACAUUUAAUCAGUUUAUUGCCAUGAACUAUCACUUGUUUAAAAUCCUUGAAUUUCAAUCCAUUAAUAAUGAAGCGUUCAGGAAAAUUCUUAAGAAAUUUGACAAACAAACUUCAUUAGGAAUUAAAAACACCUUCCCUAAAUUAAUCUCCAAUGAUCAUAUUUUCAUGACUGGUAUUUCAUUAGCACAAACUAUCUGUUUUAUUAUUCAGAAUUCUAUUUUGGAAUUGAUUCCACAAUUAGAAGACUACUCGUGUCCAAUCUGUAUGAGUAUUGCCUAUAAGCCAAUCCGCUUAAGAUGUAAUCAUUUAUUUUGCGUUCGUUGUUUGGUUAAAAUGAAACAACAAGAUAAGAUUAAUUGUCCAAUUUGUCGUCGACCAAAUGCAAUCUUAGAAGCUGAUGGUUCAAUGUUGGAUAUGGAAUCGAUGGAAUUGAUGAAGAAAUAUUUCCCAGUUGAAGUCAAACAAAAACUUAAAGAAAGGGAUAAGGAAAGGUAUAUGGAGAUGACACGUCAACCUAAUAGUCAAAAGUGUGUAAUUAUGUAGAUGUAUGGUUUGGUAUUUAUUAUUUAUAGAAAAAUUGUUUAAUGUGAUAUUUUAAUUAA